AUGGCGAUCCGUGGGCAGCCGAAGCCUCAGUUGUGUGAAGAGGGAAGUGGCAGUCUUUUUAGCACUUCUUCUGAGGGGCAAAGUGCCCGUGCGGGGGACCACGGCCGACCGAAGCGGGACCCCACCCACCGCCUGAGGACGACUCCCUUUGGUCCCUACGGCGGUUUGCUGCAUGCCUUCCUGCACCCAGACCGCCAGUCGGAAGCCCCUGAGCGGCUCCAACCCUUGGGUGCGGGCACCGGUGCAGCAGACGUGGAGUAUGAGCAGUUCUUGAAAGCCAAGGAGGUGCAGCGAGCGAUGUUUCAAGCUGAGAACAAGACCAUCGUCCAUCAGUGCGCGGAUACCGAUGUGAUCCAGCCCACUGAGAAGUCCAUUGCCUGCAUCGAUGGCAACCAGGCGGCAGCGCAUGUGGCCUAUGCCCUCAGUGACUGCGCCUUCAUUUAUCCCAUCACCCCGAGCUCGCCCAUGGGCGAGAUGGUUGAUGAGUGGGCUGCUCAAGGAGAGACCAGACGGCUCAUCAACUGCUACGGCCAGAAGCUGAGUGUCACCGAGAUGCAGAGCGAGGCGGGCGCUGCCGGCGCAUUGCACGGGGCUUUGAAGGCCGGUGCCUUCUCCACCACCUUCACUGCCAGUCAAGGACUGCUGUUGAUGAUUCCCAACAUGUACAAGAUUGCCGGCGAGCUGUUGCCAUGUGUGAUGCACGUGGCCGCCCGUGCCUUGGCUGGGCAGGCCUUGUCCAUCUUCGGAGACCAUCAGGACGUCAUGGCCUGCCGCUCCACCGGAUGGGCGAUGUUGGCGUCGGAGAGCGUGGAGAUGGUGCAGUACAACGCGCUGGUGGCGCAUUUGGUCUCCAUGGAACGCCGCGUCCCCGUGCAGCACUUCUUCGAUGGCUUUCGCACCAGCCACGAGGACACUCGCCCGCCCUCGGGCCCCGAGACCGUGGCAUGGUUGCAGUGCAGUUUGCUUGCUGUGAAGGUGAACAAGGUGAAGUUGAUCGAUUACAACACCAUGAAGCAGCUCAUCAACUGGGAUGCCGUGAAGGAGCACCACGACCUAGCGAUGAAUCCUCGCCACCCCCACGUGCAGGGCACCUCUCAGGGACCGGACAUCUUCUUCCAAUGCGUCGAGGCCGGGAACACCUUCUAUGAUGGCCUGGCAGAUCUCUUCGAAGCGAAGUCCAAGCGUCAUGGCAGUACGCUAGUGGAGCAGAAGACGGGAGUUCACUAUGCCCUCUAUGCCUAUGAAGGACACAAGGAUGCGGAGUACGUCAUCGUGGUGAUGGGCAGUGGCGCAGUGACCUGCAGUGAGACGGCCACGUACCUGCAGGAGAAGGGUGAGAAGGUGGGCGUCUUGAAGGUCCGCUUGUUCCGCCCAUGGGACGCCAACCGCUUCAUGGCGGCGCUUCCGAAGACGUGCAAACGCAUCUGCGUGCUGGACCGCACCAAGGACGGGUCUCGUGCGUGGCGGACGCUCCUCCCUUUGGCCCCGUUUUGGUCGGAAGCGAAGUGGGCCACCUACCUGGACUUGGUGCGGAAUUUUGGGAGGGUCUCCUGCUUCGAUGUCCUGGAAGUUCGCCAGGAGCAGGGCUCGCAGGGAGAGCCACUCUUCUUGGAAGUGUCCACCACGUUGAAGGCCAUGGGCCGGGCAGAGAUCGUCUGCAUCGGAGGCCGAUAUGGAUUGGGUUCCAAAGAGUUUACUCCGAACAUGGUGCUCUCCAUCUAUGAGAACUUGAAGAAGGAGACCCCGAAGCCGCGCUUCACGGUGGGCAUCGUGGAUGACGUCACACACCUCUCCUUGCCGGUCGGCGAGUGGCUCAACGUCCUGCCACAAGGCACCACUGAGUGCAUGUUCUACGGCUUGGGCUCCGAUGGCACCGUGGGCGCAAACAAGAGUGCGGUGAAGAUGAUUGCCAUGGGCACCGAGUUGUACGCGCAGGCCUACUUCGAGUACGACGCCAAGAAGAGCGGCGGCGUGACGAUCAGCCACCUGCGUUUUGGACCGAAGCCCAUCCAUGCACCGUACAAUGUGCGAGCCGCAGACUACCUGGCCGUGCACAAGCCCAGCUAUGUGUCCAACUACGACAUGACCCGGUACAUGAAGCCCAAUGGCGUCUGUGUGAUCAAUUGCUCCUGGUCGGUGGAUGAGCUCAAGGACAAAUUGCCUCCCAAGAUGCGUCGGGAUUUGGCGGUGAAGAAGGCGAAGUUGUACAUCAUCGAUGCAACACAGAUUGCAGUCAAGGCGGGACUGGGCAAGCGCAUCAACAUGAUCAUGCAGAGCGUCUUCUUCAAGCUCAGCGGUGUCAUGCCAUUUGAGGAAGCCAUUGAAAUGCUGAAGAAGAGCAUCAAGAAGAUGUAUGGCAAGAAAGGUGACAAGGUGGUGCAGAUGAACAUCGACGGAGUAGACGCCUCGGUGAGUGGCAUCAAGGAGGUGCCCGUGCCCGGCGACUGGGCCUCCCUCACCGUGCCCGGCGAGGCGGGCGCUGCCACUGGUGAGGUGGCCAAGGGACCUCGGAAGGUGAUCGACCUCUUACCGAAGCAGUUCGCGGACAACGUGCAAAUGCCUUGCAACAACUUGGAUGCUCUUUUGGGAACGCUUCCGGCAGUGGGGCGAAACGGCUGGGCUUCCGGGUAUGGGGUGACCUGGAGGGGGCUGCCGCAGAUGGAGAAGAGCAGUGUCGACGGCAACUCCCUGCCGGUGAGCACCUUUGUGCCGGGUGGCCGAGUGCCAUUGGGCACCAGCCAAUACGAGAAGCGCGGCAUCGCCAUCAACGUGCCCAAGGUGGACAUGGACCUUUGCACCCAGUGCAACAAGUGCAGCUUGAUCUGCCCCCACGCCGCGGUGCGGCCCUUCCUGCUCACUCAGCAGGAGUUGAACUCUGCACCCAAGGACUUCAAGGAGGGCAGCCGCGCAGCCAUCGGCGGUGGAGUGCUGGAUAACUACCAGUACCGAAUCCAGGUGUCGCCUUGGGACUGCACCGGCUGUGAGCUGUGCGUUCGCAUUUGCCCGGCGGAUGCCUUGAAGUUGGCCGAUGCCGGGAAGGUCAUCGAGGAGGAGGAGGCGAAUUGGAACUUCGCUGUGACCUUGCCAGACCGUGGAGAUGAGAUCGACAAGACGACGGUGAAGGGCUCCCAGUUCCAGAAACCUUACCUGGAGUUCAGCGGCGCCUGUGAGGGUUGUGGCGAGACACCGCACGUGAAGCUGAUGACGCAGCUGUUUGGAGAGCGCUUGGUGAUCGCCAACGCCACCGGCUGCUCCUCGAUUUGGGGCGGGUCCAACCCCUCGUUCCCCUACACCGUGAAUGCCAAAGGCGAAGGCCCUGCCUGGGCCAACAGCCUCUUUGAGGACAAUGCCGAGUUCGGCUUUGGCAUGCGAAAGGCCUUCAAGCAGCGCCGCGAUUACUUGGCCAACCAAGUGGAGGAUGCGCUGGGAGACAAGGAGGUGACGAUGAGCGAGGAUCUUCGAACAGCCUUGCAACAAUACCUGGUGAUGCGCAAGGAGAACAUGCACGAUCUGCUGCUGCCCCGUGGUCGAAGUAUCUACCACCAGAUCAUGGAGAAGUUGGUGCCCCUCUUGGAGAAGGAGAAGGGUUCUCAUGCCAAGAUCAAGCAGCUGUAUGAACUGGAGGACAUGUUCGGCCGCAGCAGCUUCUGGAUCGUCGGUGGCGAUGGCUGGGCCUACGACAUUGGCUACGGCGGCCUGGACCACGUCAUCGCCUCUGAGGAGCACGUGAACAUCUUGGUGCUGGACACAGUGACCUGUCUGGACCGAGAGUACGAGAUGUACAGCAACACCGGAGGCCAGGCAUCGAAGGCCACGCCCAAGGGUGCCAUGGCCAAGUUCGCCGAGGGCGGCAAGCUCACGCAGAAGAAGGACCUGGGGCAAUUGGCCAUGACCUACAAGAAUGUCUAUGUGGCGAGCAUUUGCGUCCACGUGAACCCUCAACAGGCGGUGCGCGCCAUGAUCGAGGCGGACGCAUACCCAGGACCCAGUAUCAUCUUGGCCUACGCUCCAUGCAUCAGUCAGGGCUUCCCUAUGGCCGAGUCGAUUCAGCAUUGUCAGAUGGCCGUCGACAGUGGUUAUUGGCCUUUGUACCGCUACAACCCGGAAGCCUCCGCACAUGGGAACAACCCUUUCCAGUUGGAUUCCCGAAAGAUCAAAGGAGAUCUCUUCAAAUUCCUCGCCAAGGAGAACCGCUUUGCGGCGGUCAUGCGCCGAGACCCCAAGCACGCCCAGGCCAUGGCUUUGAGCAGCUUCUUGGUGAAGAUCUUUGAGGGCUUCCAGGCUGCCUUGGAGAUGCUUGGGUGGCUUCUAGGCAUUGGCCACUUCCAGCUCCUUUCACCUCACUUCCAGAACUGGGCUGGCUUUGCAGAUGCCUUGCAGGCGCACCUAUUUGCAGUGUGCUUUGGUGUCUUCAAGCUCCAUGGAUUGAAGGAGAAGGUUGAAGAGACCUUGGAGGAAGUUGGGUUCAUUUCCAGGAACACCAACUACAUUGGCCAGAAGGACAGGCCCCUUUCAGAGCUUCAAGCUGCUUGCAGUCCAUGGUCUGCGUUGCCUGAGAUCACCAAUUACAGGGCCAAAGCUGCUGCCCUGGGCCUGGAUUGGCAGAAGCUGGCUGUGCUUCCAGAGGUGGAGCCUCUUCCAGAUUGGAACACUGGCCUUCAAGUGGAGAUGAUUAAAGAGAUGGUGAGUGGUUGGAAGGGACCUUCCAGCAAGGGCGCUUCCAGUGGGGACUCAAUUGCAGACCCCAAGGGCUUGAAGCCACCAGCUUUGAAGGCUGUGUCGAAGCCAGCAGAUUGA